AAAAAAACAAAAAAAAAACGUCACGUUAAAAUUGGUACUGGAAGAAGGGGAUAUUGAUACGGAGUACCUGGGAAGGAGAUCACCAGCUGCUGCUGCCAGUGAUCGGGGGGCUCUGCAAAGAGAUUACUCUGUUGGUGGUGUGAUUCCUCCACUGGCUCAAUGACCUCUGGUGAAGUGAUAUCGGAUACAAUGCUUGACAUCCUCUCAAGAGGGAUUGUGUGUGUUCUUCGACCAAACCAGAUUCAGAUUCGGCAUCGUCCCGUUCUAUAGAGUCCUCAAACUGCCUUGGACGCUCUGGUGCCUCGCACGAACCCCUCAAGUGCCUCGUCUGUACGUCCUUUUUCCGAUCGACUUAGGCUUCCUGACGAUAUGCCCAAGUCGAUCGCUUCAGAUACAUCCAAUACCUUAAUCGACACCCUUCAAGGGCCGUUCUUCCCUCCCGGAGAUCAUCUUACCUGUGGACUGCAUCAUGGCGAGUCGAGUUUCGACUAUUCUCCCAACAACUGUACCGGCGACGCUCACCACAGUGCGACCGAGCGACUGGUACUGCUGAUGCAGGAGCUCAAGUAUGCCGACACAGGUGCUUUCUGGGGCAGUUUCAUGGAGGGCCUGACCUCCAUCUGCAGUGCCCAGUAUUGCUUUGUCGCUCAGUGGCUCCCGCAAAGCGACCAGAAAAGCAGUUCCCGUCUCCUAGCGCUCGCUUUCUACUACAAUGACGGGCAUCAACUCGUGGGCAUAGAACAUAACCGAUAUUUCGCUGGAGGCAACCCUGAUUCUCAUAUGGACCACGAACGGCCAUGUUUGAUCACAAAGGAUCUUGCUUCAUUUAUUUCACCAGAUCUCGAUAAACUCCCAUUUGCCGCCGAAGCCUAUCUGUCAAUUCCCCUCUUUUCGGACCACAAAUGCGUCGCUUAUUUAGGCCUGAUGUGGUCCGAUAAAGGCUUGCAAAAGCGCGUACUUCCGUGGCCUGAUCUAGAGAGGAUAUUGGGCUCCCUUGAGGAUUUUCUCAUCCCGCAUGUUUUAAACAGCCUCAAAUCGGCAGCUGAAAACGAUCAGAAUGGGGAUAUGGACAAUACUACCGAGCCUCGUCGGGUCACGGAAGGCUCACAGGGACUACAUGAUUUUUCUACCCACACACUGAAAAUGUACGCGAGAAGCCUAUCCCAUGAACUACGGACGCCGAUGCAAGGUGUUGUUGGUAUGUUGGAUGUGAUGCACGCAACAGUCUGUGAUGCGAUAGAGAAUAAAAAUGCAAUUGAGAGAGAUCAGGUCUUCCAGUCUCUAAAGGAAAGCAUUGAGAUGAUACAAGACAGCGCGAGGCGAGCUGUGGAGGCUGCAGACAACGUUGUUCACGCGUAUGAACUUAACAUGCAAGUCCCAAAGACGCCGCAGAUAGAGCUUGAGCACGAAAUUCUCGGUACUUCUGGACCAUCUUCUUUGACAGUGCCCGAGAACCGGCCUGAUUUCCUCAUCGAAGGAAGCAAUAUUCGAGUCAAUUCGCAUAAACGACGGCGGAGCAACGCUGCAGAAUUGUCUGCUGGACCGGCGAUGAAGCAACGAGUUCUUGAGCGCCUGUCUGAAAAGAACCUAUCACGCAGAGGUGAAGAAGUCAAAAGCGCUGUUCACGAAAGCAAGAAGAUCGUACAUUCUGCGCCGGCGCAGGAGUUUGACGCAGUGAUGGCCAAGAUGACAGAUGCUCGCCCGUCCCUAGCUGUGAGAAGAUCUGCACCACAUCUCGUCCUGGAGGGCAUUGAUCUUGUUAAUCCUUCGUUGAGAUUUACGAAUCUUCGUGAUCUGCUUCGUCUUGUGAUCAAUGAAUCUCUCCAUGUUGGCGGUCGACCGGAUUUCGCAGCCAGCGAAACCACCGACUUGGGCGAGAAGAUCGAGGUCCGCUCACGAUCAUUCAACGGAGAAACCUCGUCAAAGAUCAUCAUCUGGUCUGUCGAUCCUGCCUUACCCGAAACUCUCCUUGUGGACGACCGAGAUUUUGCAAAGCUCGUUUCUUGCGUCUUCUUGAAUGCGAUUAAAUUCACCAACAGCGGGUCCAUCACGGUCUAUGCCACAACAGGAUCCAGACUCAAUGAAGUCCUCAUCACUGUUCAAGAUACUGGUCCUGGUAUUCCCGAAGCGUUCCUCCCAAAUCUCUUCAAGCCCUUUGCUCGAGAGGAUACCUCGACGACGCGCAGCAAAGAAGGACUGGGACUGGGACUUCUUGUGGCCAAAGGCCUCGCAAGGAAGAUGGGCGGGGAUUUAAUCUGCCGGCGUUCGUCCACUUCAGGCCCUGAACGUGGUUCGGAGUUUGAGAUCAGAGUCCCCGUCAGCCAACCUGAAGGAUCUUAUAAACCCGUGGCACCCACCGACCGAAUUCUUUCCCCCAGUCAUCUAAAAAAUUCCUUCAAUUCGAAGGGAUCUCCUGGCUCUGUUUGUUAUCCCCCGACGCCGUUUCAGCCAGCAUCAUCUUCUCAGCCCCAAGAGCACCUUGCACGGCCACCUUCACCGUACAUCACCAGUCAGAAUCCCUCCCAAAAUUCAAUGAAACUGCAAUCAGCAAGCAAGGGAAAGAAUGGCAGAACUCCGAUAAAUGGAUAUGAAUACGAUCGCCGUCUUGGAGAGAAGUAUCCACUCACCUUUCUUAUAGCGGAAGACAAUCGAAUCAAUCGGCGGGUCUUGGUGCAAAUGCUCCGGAAACUUGGUUAUCGUGAUGUAUACGAGGCUUGCGAUGGCAAGGAAGCAGUGCGAAUCAUGCAGAAUAUUCUAAAGUCUCAUGAUCCAGGAUUCACUGAACCGCAAGAUCACAGUGCCGACACACUCUCUGCCCCUCCAGCUCUAACCCAGAGGAUGAAACCUAUAGAUGUUGUCUUGAUGGACCUUUGGAUGCCGGAAAUGGAUGGGUACCAAGCAGCCGCUCGGAUAUUUGAGAUGCUUUCCGAACGCCAAAUCUCGGAUGAUUUCUCUUUUAAGAAAUCUGGGACCAUUCACGACACCACUUCGCGUCCAGUCUCCCCACCACAAUCACCCACCAUCCUUGCUGUCAGUGCAGACGUCAGCGAUGAGGCGCUUGAGCGUGCGUCCAAAGUUGGAAUUAAAGGCUAUAUGACCAAGCCUUACAAACUUUCCGACCUGGAGCGCCUUAUAGUCGAAUUCUGCGGUCAGGUGACAGACUCAUGCGAGACGCAAUAGCCUUGGUUUCGAGAGCAUUAUGAGUCAUCACCACUUCCACAUUGCAUGCUUUGGUUAUAAGCCAAUAUCUGUAUUUCAUUUUCUUGCCUUGUUAUGAUUUGAUGACCCCGGGAAAGGGAACAUAUGUGACUGUAUAGAUGAUGAGGGCAAGUCACCCAUGAAUGAUGCAUUUAAUGUCCGGUCAUUUCUCCACUCUUUGCUUUUUUUUUUGGUUUAGAUAGAUAUAAUUUUAACGGGUAUUUUGUUUGCUUUGGUCCAUCCUGUACUCGUUGAGUUUUUAUAGUAAAUACGUGAGAGGUAUAGAUCUGCUGGGGAUAUAUCUCUCUUGAGUGGAAAUAUAGCAUUCAAGCAGCUUGAGCUAGAUAUAACAGAGGAUAGAUACAAUAGCAUGGCUCCAAAAAUAGAUAGAUAAUAUAGAGCAAGGAUACAAGAGUGGAAGAAAGGAGAAAUAGU